GAAUAAUCAAUUCAAUGCAAUAAGCCAAUAACCAUUCAAUUUAAUAACCAUUCAAGUCAUUACAUCAAUCCAUUGCAGUAACCAAUCAAUUCUAAAAAGACAAUUGAAGUCCUGAAACAAAGAUUGUUUUACAUCCAACCACCAACAUAUAGAUUUAUAGAGCAAUACAUUUCACUUGUGAUGCAAUAUAUUACUAAAUAAAAUCCAUGAAUCAAUCAGUCUGACAAAUGCAAGCUUCUCUGCCUUAGCUUUGCGUGCUUGGAGGCCAAAAUAUGCAAUUCUUUCACUUUAGCUCCCAUCUUUUCUUUCUUCUUUUCCAGCUUCACAAUCUUCUCUUCUAAAUCUUUUUUGUCCAUCAAAAGAGGCUGAAUCAAAUUAUCCUUAUCAUUUGUCUUCACUUCAAGAGACAUAGCAGGAUUUUCCUCAACCCAUUGAAGAUAGGAACAAUCAAAUUUCUGUAAAAGAAAUUACACUUUAGAUGCACAAUAAUACCAUUUUGAUGCUCUAAAUUACAAUUGAAAUACAAAAACUGGUGUCGUUUUAAUUCAUGCAAGUUACAAUAAUACCGUCUUUAACUAAUACAAGUAUAUAAUAAACAUAUGCUUCUCACGCAACUUGUACCGGCUAAAAAGUGAUGGCUAAGGGUUCCUGCCGGUGGGGACUAUUUCUGGAAAAAGCUCACUUAAGUUAGGACCACCCAAUAAUAACUGCUAAUAGGGAUUUUUAAAUACGGACCGAGCAUUGUUGGGAUUAUUAAAUCCAAUUUUUUCGAAAAAAUAACCCACUUUUGUAUAUAACUCACACAACAAUAUAACAAAUACCUCAAAUUAUACUAUCGGUGCACCACACCCAAUAAGAUAUAUAUACCACACAGCUUAACUUUCGGUGCACACAGACAAAAUUCAAUAACCACAAAUACAGGGAAUGCGUGUACAUAUAAAAAGAACAAAGAUAACAACUCCAAUAAUAACCACUUUUGUAUAUAACUCAAAUAAGGAACUCACAUGCACUCUACUAAUCUUAAAUGAAAACACACAGACAACAUCACAGUAUCACACAUGUUACUUAACAACUCACAGACACUUCAAACAUGUCACAUAAGAACUCACAGACAACUACUACUCAAACCAUAAGGUUAUACCGACACUGUAAUUCCAAACAUACACACACAACCGAUUAAGGGUUCUAGCUUCCAUUUUUAAUUUUUAAACACAAAAAUUGAAAUUAACGAAAUGGUAAACAUAGUUAUCAUUAUAUUCAACUCCAAUACACAAUCAAAAACCUAAUAAAGAAGACACAUGACUUCAUACUUACAGUCGGCCAUGACGAAGAGGCUUGUUCGCACCAUGGCCGCAGGUCAGAAUGUCAGACCCUUGAUCUUUAACUUCAACCUUCUUCUUGAGCUUCAAUUGUCGUCCACGACCAUCGUCUUCACCAUACUUCGUCACCUCUAGUGCUCCAUCUUCGACGAUGAAUAAGUUGCGUAAAUAGGCCACCAUUUACAAUUCCAAAUGUAAGAAGGUGGAUUGCCGGUUGUGGGGAAGUGUGAAUCGUGAAGAGUGGAGAAGAAGACUUUUGGGGGGUUUGUAGAGUUGAGAUGAGGCGGAGGAAUUUGGUGGGCUGAGGACAAUUUGAUGGGCAAAUGGAAGGGUAAAAGAAUUGGGAGGGGUAUUUAUGUGGUGUACCCCAGGGUGUAACCCAGGGUGUACACCAAGAGUUUUUGUUCCCUAUUUGGCACUACCUUUUUGGUCCACCUCAUGUUUUAAUAAAUAAAUAAAAUAAAAAAAUAAAAUGCUUUACCUUAUUGUAAAUAAACAGGCCCGAAAGAAGGCAGCAAGGGGAAAGACGGUGAAGCCGCCGCGUCUGGGAGACAAACGAGAGUCAGACACAAGCCCACAACGUAGGAUUAUGCCCAUGAGACCUUCUACGUUUCUCUAUCAAUGAAGGUGGAUUAUUUUUUGUGGACGGGAAACCGGAGAAGGCAGAUUUUCAGUACGUUGACAAAUCCAACCACUCUUGUGCCCCACUCUCGUGCCUUUGCUGAUAGUUACUCUAAGAUGAGCUGUUAUUCUGUAAAUAUAACCAUUGAGGCAGUUUCUCAGUGUCUAUGCAUGAACAUUCAUUCGUUUUUUCUUUUAAAAAUUCUGCUAUGCCCUAUUCCAGUAUGCAGUGCAACAUUCUCCUAUACAGAUUGAGCAUAUUUUGCAUCUAUCAAAUUACUAUUCGUAUUUGUAUUCUUAUUUGAGUUUUUUCGAAUUCAAAUAGUUAUACUGUCCAUUUAUGAAUGGUUUCUUAAAAGUUAUUGUUUACUUUGUCCUAUGCCACUAUCCAAUGCUCUUACGAAGCAUGCUUCAUAUAAAGAGAAAAGAGCAAAAAGUACUUGCAGCAUAUGCCUAAAAACAUGUCUUCACUUUUCCUGUUUGGGUCAUCCCUAACUAACCCUCCUUUUCCCUCUUAAGUAAAAAAGUGUGUUGGCUAUUUUCUUUCAUUUGUGUCUACAAGAAUAUCAACCAAACAAUUUUCAUUUCCAUACAAUUCAUUUCAAGUCAAACCCAGAACAUUAAAUGGGAAAGGAGGGAGUAAUAGUGACAAAAAACCUGAAGAAAAAUAGAAAAUAUUAGGGCCUGUUUAAUAACAGAGAUAUUUUCCUGUUUUCUACUUCUGUUUUUCGUUCUCCAAUUUUCUGUUUUUAUUUUUCAGUUUUUCUAUCUCCAAUUUUCUGUUUCUAAAUCACGACAUUAUAAUCAAUUUAACCUUCUGGAUGAAUUCUCCAUUCAGGCAACCAAAUGUAACAUGAGGAUCAUCAGAUCAAAACACACAUGAAAGUCAGAACUUUUCAAAAAGGCACGCAGUUCAAUAGUAUUCAUGGUAAACUGCAAGAAUUCCCCAUUGAAGUACUUAACUUUCUCGAUUUGGUUAGCCCCCACCUGAGAAAUCACACAAUUGUACUCCUCGCACAUCCCAUUUUCAUCCAAACUGGGCACUCAGUUAUUACAUUAAUGGGUAUCGACUUUUUAAAAAGGAGAAACUGUAAGAAGAAAAAUUAAAGACAGGAGUGAAACAAUUAAGGAAACUUGCUUAUGGUGACGGGUGAAGCAUGCAGGUCAUAUAAAAGCAGAAACGUCUAUAAGUUCCACAUGGAAGAAGCUAGGCUAGAAAAGAACAAGUCCUAAAAUAGAUUUUCUUAUUCCUAUUUGGCUCCAUAUUUAUGUGGCUUAAAUAUGUUUUUAGUCCCAUCAAAUAUGGCACAUUUUGUUUUAGAUCCUGCAUAAAUAGUUUUUUGUUUUUCAUAUCUGUACUAUAGACUAUUCUCUUUUCAGACCCUCUCUAACUUCGAGACAAUUUCCAUUUAGAAAAAAAAAUCUGUAGCAUAACUCAACUAGAAACUUGUAAAUUCAUUGUUUUUAACUUCUUGGAGACAAAUAUAGUUUUAAGGAAAUAAUGAGGAGAGCUCUUUGUAGGGGUAGUGAUUUUCCGCCGCCGCAUCAAUAUGGGGUUGGAGCGGCAGAUUUUUCUGAUUUUAAGUGUUAUAACGCUUGAGAUUGCAACUAUGUCCGAGGAGAUAACGUUGGCGGAUGAACAAAUUGCGGAUGAGAUUUUGUAUCGAUGCUGGAUCAUGAAGCCUUGGUCGGCCACUCUGACGGUGGUUGAGUUUGUAUUCAUCCAUAUUGCAAGAACUCGUCCUCCUCCAAAAACCACCUCCAUACCAGGAAGAGUUUUGUGGAAUGAUUUUUUUCUAUAUUAUUUUCUCUUUAGUAGUAGUACUAAUUUUAGUUUUAGUCCGAGUGGAUUUGGUUUGAAUGUUUGGAUUUUCGGAGUUCUUUUGAUAGGCAGGGUUUCAGAUCUGUUUGUUUUAGGCUUAAAUUUGCCCAUUUCAAGUUUAGCGAGUCAGGUUGCUUUGUAUGAGGUGACUGAUUCUAUGUGUACUCCUAGGGUUCACGAUUGGAUCUGUAAAAACAUCUUGGAGACUGAUAUUGGAGUUAAACAAUGUUUCACUAAUCAUUCACGUUUCAAAGAUAGGUUUUAACCAACGUCUAGAAAAUCUCAGUAAUGAUUGUUUUAAAAAGAAAAUAAUCACAUAUUACAAGGAUGAAAAAAAAGGUAAUUUUGAAGGGGAGUAAUGCUAGAUGACACACUAUACUUGUAGGUACUACAAACUUGUUUAAGUCUAUUUAUGUUAAAUAUAAAAGCAAGUCAGACAUUCUGUAGAAAAUACAAAGAAAGUCAACUUGAUGAGCUGGAUUAAUGUUUGUUAGAAUAGUCAAAUCUGUUUGUAAUAAUUAGUUUCAUUCUGUUAGACAGCUCAUGUAUAAAUAUCUUUCAUGAACUUUGUAAUCGAAUAAUUCUCUCGAAUGAAUACUCUCUUUCUCUUCUCUCAGAUUACUCAUGUACUCACAAAGCUUCUUUAAUGGCAGAUAUGCUUAGUUUCUUCAUGGUAUCAGAGCCAGUUUAUACUGGAUCUUGAUUGCCGAUUCUUCAUCUCUUUAUUUUUUAGCGAUUUCUAUUGUCGCUGUUGCUAUCUCCCUACGAAUUUGAUUUGCUGUCAAUUCGUAUUUCACGAUCUGUGUUCUUGAUUUUGAUUUUGUUCGUCAAUUCGUAUUUCACAAUCUGUUUGUUGAUCUAUAUCUUGCUAAUGGCGAUUGAUGGAGAAAGCAGUCAAGAUGGAAGAAAUUCCAACGUUAUCAACAACAAGGAUCCGCUGUACUUGGGUCCUGGAGAUCAUCCGAAUCUGCAACUAGUUUCUACACCUUUCAAUGGUAAACAUUACCUUAACUGGACUAGAGGAGUUAAAAUGGCGUUGAUAUCCAAAAAUAAACUUGGUUUUAUAAAUGGAAAAUGUGCCAAGCCAUCUGAAAAUAAUGAUAAGUACCAGGAUUGGAUUAGAGCUGAUUAUACUGUUAUGUGUUGGAUCUUACACUCUCUGAAUCCUGCAAUAGCAAACAGCAUGAUGUAUGUCACAUCAUCUAAACAAUUGUGGGAAGAACUAAGUGAAAGAUAUAAUCAGACUAAUGCUCCAUUCCUAUAUCAACUACGCAAAGACAUGGUUCACAUAUCACAAGAUGGACAACCUGUAGCUGAUUACUAUGGCAGAUUGAGAUCAGUUUGGGAAGAUUUACAAAGUCUUGAUGGUUUACCUGAAUGUGACUGUGGUGCUUUAAAUGCAUGCUCCUGUAAUCUGCUAAAGAAAAUUCUUGACAGGGAGAAUAGGAACAGGUUGUUAGAUUUCUUGAUGGGACUCGAUGACAAGUAUGAAGUCAUAAGAGGUCAAAUACUGGGUAUAGAUCCAUUACCUACUGUGAAUCAAGCGUAUUUCAGUGUCCAACAAGUUGAAAUGCAGAAGAACAUUAGUUCUGGCAUUUUUGUUGAUCAAGAUGCUACUGCUAUGGCAGUUCAGAAACCAACAGAUGGAUAUGUGACUGGAGGAAAAGGAAAUACUUCAAGCUCCAAUAUGAGUUGGGAUCACAAUGCAAAGAUGAAUGACUACAAGAAAACAAAAAAAUUCUGUGACUAUUGUCACAAGACCAAUCAUACUAGGGAAUUUUGCUGGAAGCUAAAGAAGAGUAGAAACACAUAUGUCAGGGGACAAGAAAAUAAUAAGUUUGCUGCAAAUGUUGAAGAGGUUCAUGAAGUUGCUGAUGAAACACCUUUGGAAACUGGCAGCAAGGCUAUGGAUCCUGGAAUGAUACAAGUUGUGGUGCAAGAAGUCAUGAAGGCAAUGACUGGAAAGAAUCCAUCUCAACAAUAUGGUAUGACAACAAAUCCAUCAAUGAACUUUGCAGGUAUGGCUCAUGCUUUGCAUACUAAGACUGUCACAACAAAUUCAAAAGUUUGCACCUGGAUUGUUGAUACAGGAGCAUCUGAUCAUAUGACCUUUGAUUCUAGUAUUUUUUCCAUUACUAAGAAUCUUGAGAAACCUAUUAAGGUAGGUCUGCCAGAUGGUAGUAUUAAGUCAGUUAUAAUGAUUGGAGAUGUUAACUUGACUGAUGAAAUUAUAUUGAAAGAUGUUUUGUUCUUACCUGGCUUCCAACACAAUUUAUUAUCUGUUGGAAAACUUUUGGAUGACACUGGAUAUAGUGUUAUUUUUGACAAGCAUAACUGUGUUCUUCAGGACCCUAUCAGUAAGAAAGCAACACAAUUGGGAGGAAGAAGAAAUGGAGUAUAUGAGAUUUGCUUCGGAAGGAAUAGUAGUAAAAUGUCAUUGAACAAUUAUAGUUCAUGUCAUACUGCUUUGGUUGCUUCUAAUAAAGCUGAUGUACACUUGUUUCAUGCUAGAUUAGGACAUAGUUCUCUGUCUAAGCUGAAAUAUGUACAAAACAAUAAUGAUUUCAAUAAAGUUUCUGAUUUGGAAUGUGAAGCUUGUAUUUUAGCCAAACAACAUAAACAACCUUUUGUUGUUAGCAAAUCUCUUACAGAAAAACCUUUUGAACUUGUUCACAUUGAUCUUUGGGGACCAUAUAGGUUCAAAUCUGUCACUGGAGCAUCUUAUUUUUUAACCAUUUUAGAUGAUCACUCAAGAGUUACUUGGACAACAUUGUUGAAGGACAAAACAAUGGUUUAUCCUACUUUGGCUAAUUUUUUUACUUAUGUUGAAACUCAUUUCAAUACAAAAGUAAAAAAUAUCAGAAGUGACAAUGGAACAGAAAUUGUUCAAAAGGAAUGUGGAAGAUUGUUUGCUGAAAAAGGAAUCUUACAUCAAAGAAGUAUAGCAGGAAAUCCACAACAAAAUGGUAGAGUUGAACGCAAACACAGGCACUUGUUAGAGACUGCUAGAGCUCUUAGAAUACAUGCUGGUUUGCCUAAAAAGUUCUGGGGAGAAUUGAUCCUUUCUGCUACACAUUUGAUUAAUUUGAUGCCUUCAUCAGUUUUAAACUUCAAGGUUCCUACUGAAAUCUUAUUUGGAAAAUGUCCUGACUACUCUUACUUGAGAGUAAUUGGAUGCUUGUGUUAUGCUGCUCACAAGACGGCUGAUAAAUUUGAGCCAAGAAGCUUAAGAUGUAUUCUGUUGGGAUAUCCUUAUGGUCAAAAAGGUUAUAAGUUGUAUGACCUUGAUAAUCACAGAAUAUUCAGUAGCAGAGAUGUUAUUUUUAAGGAGCAAAUGUUUCCUUUUAAACAAAAUUUGCAACUUCAAAAUUCUGAAGCAUACACACCCUGGGCUUCAUUACAAGAUUCUGAUAUGGAUUACACACAUACUGAUACUGAUCCAAAACAGAAUGUUCAAGUUCAGAAUGACUCAAAUUCGACUGACAGUAUGAUUUGGGAUUCUCAUCAAGGUGAUGCAUCUCAAGAAGAUGUCCACACCAUUUCUCAAAAUAGGAUGAUUGAGAUGAAUAGACCUAAGAGAGUCAGACAACAAUCUGUUAAGCUUCAGAAUUAUAUAUGCAAAGGAUUACCUCCAUCUCUGGUUGUUCCAUCUUCA